AAAGGCAGAGGCCAAGCCGAAGAUAGAGUCAAAUGGACUCUUGAAAUGAUGUGUUAUUGUCUUCGGCAUUUUCUCUCUCGCCGUCGAAUUUCUCAGAUUUCUUGUUGUGAUUUAACAGGAGGAGCUCUAUGAUUCUUGUUGUUAGAUGAAUCCAUCAUUAUGACAACAGGAAGACAGCAAAUGCUAAGGGGGCGGGAGAGCUUGAUUCGAUUGAUUGGUAAACGCCGGCGCGUUCUUCCAAACCGGAGCCAUCUCCUCUCCGUCCCUACUCCAAACUCCUUGAAUCUCGAGGUCGACGAAAAUGGCAUCCUUAUCUCUGUUGCUGCUAUUGAGAAAGCGAUGGAUAUUAUCCCCAGAGAUGAGGAUUUGACUUGCCCUGUGUGUAUGAAUAAACUUUCUGGUGGUGAUCACAUGAUCAACCUCCAUCUGGAUUUGUGUCUCUCCAGGGGGACCAAACGCAAGUUAACUCAGACCACUCUUUUUCAGUCCAAGUUGUGGUCAGCUCCGAAAGUUAAAUGUCACUCUGACAACGAUGUAAAACCCACCCAACCCGAAUACAAUCCUGAACAGGAAGUCAAUUUUGGUGUUUCGGAUUUAUGUGAACAGCAACAGUUAGCUGAAGCAGCUGUCGAGCAUGAUGAUUCGUGUUCUAGUGACUCGAUCUGCUGCAAGGUUGAUGCUCCAUCUUCUCCAAAUAAUGAGGUGCUUGGAGAGGCAGUGUCUCCUAAAAUAGAUGACGCACAUGGCCUUGUUCUUGAUACUUUUAUUGUUGGCCGUAAGUUCAGUGAUGUGCUGGAGUUAAAUAUUGGUGCCAAAAUAUCUCUUCUAAGAGAUCCCGAUAACAUCAAGGAUCACAAUGCCAUCAAGGUCCUUUCGGUCGAAUUUGAGCCCUCUGAAAUGCUUGGAUAUCUACCUAGAGACAUCUCCCAUUACCUAUCUCCUCUAAUCGACAAGUACACCCUUAAGUUUGAGGGAACUGUAACUUCUACUCCAAACUAUUCUUAUGAAGUCGUUCCAAUCAAAAUUCUGUGCCACAAAAUGUCAUCUAAUGAUAGGAUGAAAUGCGAAGAUGCUGGAGAUUUUAGACCUCUGUGGGACAAAGUCCUUCAGAAUGCUGAGUAUCAGAAGAAAUUUCCGCCUAAAAUGCAAAGAUACCAGCAUAAUUUCAACAUAUUAAUACAAGAGGUUCUGAGAAGUUAUUCCCACCUAUUCACUCCUUGUGAAAAGGCAUUGUUGGAGUCUUUUCCCUCUCUUUCCGAGGAUAGCCAGAGACUUUUUGUUCGUCUUUACAUGCGAAAAGGACCUUGGUUCAGACAAUCAAAUAUUUCAUACCCCGAGGUUUCAGAUUUGGAACGAGCUCUAAAGGAUCUCACUGAGAGGGGCUUUAUGAGUUUAUUUGAGGAUGCAAAUGCACUAGAUGAUCAAGACAUUAAGGAGAUCUUAGAUACACUCAACGUCUCUGAGCUUCGUGACAUCGUAUCUAUGAACAUGGUCUCCAGACGUAGCUUAAGAAAGAGAGACCUCAUUUCAUCCCUUUGUUCUUCUUACAGCAAUGGAACAAGUCCACUUCUAGGAAGUAUGAUUUUAGAAAGAACAGGGCUAUGUGCUAAGAUAUCAUCUGUUGCGGAAUCCCUAAUAUGGCGUAUUGAGAGGCUUUUCUUCCUUAAUGCAGAGCAAGACCUUUCUUCUUUUGUUCUGCUAGAUCUGGGGAUUGUCAAAUAUCCGACUUACAACUGCAUAGUCUCGGAGCAGAUAUUUUUGAAUCAGACUGAUCUUCUUGCAUAUGAAGAGGCCAUUGAAGUGGCGCAGAUUAUGGAUGAGUCUCUAGAUAAAAGUAAUGCUGGAACAGUGUUAAAAUGCAUCUUGAUCGCUGACUCUCGCUUAUCCCCAAAUAUGGAGUCCCGUGCUGCAUUUACUUGCUUUACGGCGUCGUGGGUUUACUCAAAGGUGGUUCUUUUAGGAAUUUCCUUUCUUGAGCACCACAAGAGAUACAACCAAGCAGUUUAUCUUCUGAGGCGGUUGCUUAAUUGUUUCGAUUGUGAUGGGAGACGGGGGUACUGGACAGUUAGAUUGUCGACAGAUUUGGAGCACAUGGGUCGUCUUAAUGAGAGCCUCUCAGUUGCAGAAGAUGCGCUAUUGGAUCCUUGGGUACGUGCUGGUUCUAGAAUGGCUUUGCAGAGGCGCAUUCUUCGCUUGGCAAAACCUCCAAGACGCUGGAAAACUCCUAGCUUUUCAGAUUUCAUCAAAACAAAGAUCCCUGAGGCUCACAUUCUGGGAAGACCCUUGAAUUGUGAAGUAGGCAUGAAAAACAGGUUCUAUGGUGAAGACGGAGAACAAUGUGGAGUGGAGCAGCUUGCAUUACAGUACUAUGCCGGAGAAGGUGGAGGAUGGCAGGGAAUCCAUACAGAGAGCGGCAUAUGGUUGACCCUUUUCGGACUCCUCAUGUGGGACGUUCUAUUUUCCGAUGUCCCAGAUGUUUUCCGCACUAGAUUCCAGAAUUCUCCUUUGGACUUGGAGACUGAAGCUUUCUACCAAACCCGGAAGAAUCAGAUAGAGGCUCACCUCGAGAAAGUCAUAAACGGAAUGGCAGAAGAGAUGGUGAUCAUCUCGUGGGAAGCCCAUCAAGGAGAAGCAUGCAGAGGAGUGAAUUGGGAGAGGUUUUCACUCGAGGAACUGAGAGCUGUGGUGACAUGUGCAGGAGGCCCGUGUUUGGCAUCGCUAUGCCGAUAUCUGGCUCAAGAUUACCGCAGUUGGUCCAGCGGAAUGCCCGAUCUAGUGAUGUGGCGGUUCAAGGAGAAUGGGUUUGAAGGUGAAGCCAAGCUGGUGGAAGUAAAAAGUGAGAGAGACAGGUUAUCAGAGCAACAAAGAGCUUGCUUGUUGCUCCUAAUGGAUUGUGGGUUCAGUGUGGAGCUUUGCCAUGUCAAAGCCUAGUUGAUUCAGCUUCGGUUCAGCUACGGGUCGAUUUCAGUCCGGUUAUAUAUGGAUUUGGUUAUUUAAGUUUUAGAAAAAUUAUUACUGUUCGAUUUUUUUAAUAAAUUCGAUUUUUUUUAAAAAAAAUUCACUAAGACGUACAUUUUGUUUCAUUACUCGUCUAUAAGAAUUCGAUUUUAAAUUAUUUUUAUUCAA